AUGCUACGCCGGAUUCCCGGACUGCUCGCCCCCGUGAAUCCCACCACCACGUUUCCCUCCAUAGCUGCUGCUGCUGCUGCGCUCGUCCAGACAGCCUGCCCUUCCGGCCCCUUCAUCCGAGUCCUGCCCGCUCGUUCCCACCAUGCACCGGCCGGCGCCCACCACCUGCUCGACGGAACGCCGUGCAGAGCCGGCUCCAUCGUGCGCGCGCUCGGCGCCGCCAGGGGCGCGUCUCUCGAAGCGGACGGCGUCGCGGGCCUCCACUGCGCGGCUCUCAAGUCGGGGGCCGUGCUGGACCCGCCCGUGCGCACCUCCGUCCUCUCGGCCUACGCCAGGGCGCGCGACGUGCGCUCCGCUCUGCAGGUGUUUGACGAGGCUGCCGCGCCGGACUUGAUCAUGUGGAAUGCCGCGAUCGGUGCAUUGACCUUUAACUGCCGAUACAGUGAUGCCGUGGACCUUUUCCGGCGGAUGGUGGGCGUGCUCGAGGUGUUUGAUUCGACGUCGAUGGUCAUCAUGCUGUCGGGGGCGUCCCGUGCGAGGAGCUUGGAGCAUGGGAUUGCCCUCCAUGGAAUGGCAUUGAAGAGAUGCCUGCAAACCGAUCUGACCCUUUGGAAUGCUCUAAUUGACAUGUAUGCAAAGUGUGGAGAUUUUUACUCUUCGGAAGCUGUGUUUCAGAGGAUGCCGUAUGGGGACACUGCCUCAUGGAAUUCUAUGAUAAGUGGAAGCUUAUUUAAUGGACUUGCUGAGGUUUCAGCGUGUUACUUCAAGGAAAUGAUCCGAUCGGGUUUUCAGGCAGAUGAGGUGAGCCUGUCUGCUGUCCUUUCUGCCUGCUGCCAUCUCGAGAAUCUGUUCUCCUUUGGGGAGUCUGUCCAUGGCUCCCUGAUCAAACUCGGUUAUGAAGACACUGCCUCUUGUUCGGUCACAAAUUCCCUGAUAACAUUCUAUUCUGAGUUUGGGGUUCCAGAUUCUGCAGAGGAGGUAUUUGUAAGAACUUCCAACAAAAAUUUGGUAACAUGGAAUGCUAUGAUCAAGGGGAUGAUAGAGAAUGAGAGAGUAAAGGAAGCCAUGUGUAUGUUUCAAGAAAUGAUAUCAAAAAACCAGCCAGAUGUUGCCACUUUGGUGACUAUGAUUUCAGCUUGUGGUGAUCAAGGUAUACUUCCUGAAGGGAAAGAACUCCAUGGAUAUAUAAUCAGAAAAGGGCAUCUUUUUGAGGAAUCUUCUGUAGGAAAUAGCUUACUGCAUCUGUACAUGAAAUGCAAUGACCCAUAUACUGCACACGUCUUGUUCAGGACAAUGCCAAUCAGAGACCUGGUCUCAUGGAACACAAUGAUUUCUGGUUACUCAAGAAACGGUUCACUGGGAGAAGAGGCUAAAGCAAUGUUUAAUGCACUACUAUCUGAAGGUCUAAGAUGCACCUUGACUACUGUGAUAGCUGUAAUACCUUCAUGCUCUUGUCCACAAGACCUUAACUUUGGCAAAUCUAUUCAUUCUUUCAUCCUGAAGUAUGGGUUUCUGAGUGAAGUGUCAGCUGCUAACUCUUUGAUACACAUGUACAUAUGCUGUGGCGACUCUCUGGCUGCCUUUUCACUACUAAAAAAUAUAACACCCUUGUCAGAUAUUAUUUCAUGGAAUACAGCAAUCGUGUGCUGUGUACAAAAUGGACUCUACAGAGAUGCAUUAGAAGCCUUUAAGUUUAUGCAUUCAACUUUAACACUGAAUCCCGACAGCAUUACAAUAGUUAGUAUUUUAUCAGUAUGUGGAAGCCUUAAACUGCAGUCUCUUGGGAAGUCCAUGCACUGCAUUGCUCUAAAGCACUUGAUUGCAUUCAACUUAAGGGUAAAUAAUGCCCUGCUUACCAUGUACUUCCGGUUUGCAGAUACUGAAAGUGCUGAGUUGAUUUUCUCUAGUCUUGGAGAUAGAAAUCUGUGCACCUGGAAUUGCAUGAUCUCUGGUUUUGCACAGAAUAACGAAGGUUGGAGGGCAUUGCAGUUCUAUAAGAAGAUGGAGGACUUUGAACCUAAUGAAAUAUCUAUAGUCGGCAUUAUCUGUGCUUGCACUCAACUGGGGGAUCUUAGGCAAGGAAAGAUCAUUCACGGGUAUGCGCUCAGGUUUGGUCUGCAAACUAAUGCUUUUAUUUCAGCAUCACUUGUUGAUAUGUAUAGUAAGUGCGGAAGACUGGACAUUUCUAUCAAAAUAUUUGAAUCUUCUGCUGAAAAAUCGAUUGCUUGCUGGAAUUCCAUGAUAUCAGCUUUUGGAUUUCAUGGGCUUGGGUUGAAGUCGAUUGAAAUUUUCUGGAUGAUGAAUAAUUCUGGAAUGAGAGCUACAAGAAGUACUUUUAUUGCUCUUUUGUCGGCUUGCAGUCACUCUGGACUUAUUGAUGAAGGAUGGAAGUAUUACCAUCUUAUGACGCAGCAUCUUGGGAUUGUCCCAACCCCAGAACACAAUGUAUGUAUUGUGGACAUGCUUGGACGUGCUGGUCGGCUGCAGGAAGCACAUGGGUUUGUGGAGAGUUUACCAUCCAAACAAGCACAUGGAGUCUGGGGUGCAUUGUUAAGUGCUUGCAGUAAGAAAUUUGAACUGAAGAUGGGUGAAUCCAUUGCUAAAUAUUUGCUCUGUCUGGAACCUGAACAUAGUGGGUAUUACGUGACCAUGUCUAACCUGUAUGCGUGUCAAGACGUGUGGAGUGGUGCAGUGCAAGUCAGGGACAUUUUGCAAGAUAAAGGAUUGAUGAAGCCCCGUGGCCACAGCAUCAUUGGUUAAACUGUUGUUUCAAUCACCACAGAAGCUAUAUAUAAUUAAUGUGUGAAGUGGGUUUUUUCAUAUACCAGUAUACUUGCUGCAUGCUCGAGGGAACAUGGUACAAGUUUUGCCAGUAUGUUGCUACCCUCUGUUUAAGUUUUAGUUUCAGACUCCAAAAUC